CACUAGUCACAUUUCUAAUUGUAACAAGUUUAAAUUUGACAAAAAAAUACAGAAAUGUUUGAAAUUUUGUGCAUAAUUAUUUUAUUUUCUUUGGUGUCAUGGUAUCUUUACUACCUCUAUUGUUUCAAUUACUGGAAGAAAAAACAAGUUCCAACACAUCCGCCUAAAUUUCCAGCCGGAAACAUCCUGAAAUCAGUUCUCGGAAAAGAGAACAUUUUCAUCACUGUUGAAAACUACUACAGGGAGUUCAAACGAAAAGGAUACAAACAUGCCGGACUUUAUUUUUUUAACGGUCCUGUAUAUCUCCCCAUUGACCCGGAAAUUGUCAAGUCAAUUCUGACAACAGACUUCGAACAUUUCGUCGACCGUGGAGUUUUCGUCGACGAAAAAAACUUCCCCCUAAGUGCACACCUGUUCUCGAUAAAAGGCUCAAAAUGGAGAAAGCUUCGGACCAAACUUUCCCCAACAUUCACCUCCGGGAAGCUCAAAACCAUGUACGAAAUUUUUACGAAAAUGACACAGAAUUUCAUAGAAACACUUAAACCAAAAGCAGAGAGAAAAGACGAUAUUAAUAUCAAACACGUAACUAAUAACUUUACAGCAGACAUUAUUUUUUCUACAGCGUUUGGUCUUGAAAGUAACACUUUACAAAAUCCGGAUAGCAAAUUGGCAAAAAUAGCGAACACUCUUUUUAUUCCCCCAACUUGGAUUGUUAUCAAAGCACUAGCUUUAGAAGGGCUAAAAAAUCCGGGAGGCAUUGUCCGGGCUUUUAUCAGUGAUAAAUCAAAAGAAGAAUUUUUUGUAGAUUUAGUAAAAAAAACCGUGAAACACCGAGACGAAAAUAAAAUAGUCCGGAAAGACUUCCUAUCACUGUUGCUUGAAGUCAGGGACAAGGAAGGACUGUCUUUUAAUGAAAUUGUAGCUCAAUGUUUUCUCUUCUUUUUGGCUGGAUUUGAUACCUCAUCACAAACUAUAAGUUACUGUAUUCACUCCCUUGCUUAUAAUCAAGAUAUACAAGACAAACUUCGAAAAGAAAUUCUAGAUAAUAUGGGAAGUGAUUUUACAAAAUACACUUAUGACAAUAUCUUUAAGUUACCUUAUUUAGACCAAGUUUUCAAAGAAACCUUAAGAAUAUACCCAGUUUUGGGCUUCCUCAAUCGCAUUUGCGUCAAACCAUACCAAAUUCCGGGAACUGAUUCAGUACUAGAUGUUGGUACCCCUGUUCUAAUUCCAGUCCUGGGCCUUCACCGAGAUCCUGAAUAUUUCCCUGACCCUUUGAAAUUCGAUCCUGAAAGAUUCAGCGAGAAUAAUUCUCACGUUCCUUUCACGUAUCUGCCUUUUGGGGAAGGGCCCAGGUUUUGCAUAGGUGCACGUUAUGGACAACUACAAGCCAAACUAGGAAUUGCCUGUCUAGUGUCACAAUUUAGGUUUAAACCAAGCCCAAAAACUCCAGAAUUUAUAGAGUUUGAUAAAAUUUCUAAAUCGCUAGCAAUGUUUCCAGAAAAAGGCAUAACAGUCAAAAUAGAAAACUUGUAACUUAUUUAAGUAAAUAAAAUGGUUUCUACGAUUUACUAUUUAGUGUCCCUUAUUUUUGAAAAACAAGCUCUAAAAUUAUAAAUGUCUUAAAAAUUUUCUUCCGAAAUAAACUAAACAUUAUUA